ACCGCAUCCUGCAAGCAGCGAGCGGUGUCGGCUUCGAACCGGCUUUCACUCUUUACCAGUCCAGUGGGUGUGACCUCAGUAUUAUUCUCUUCAUUCCUGCUGCAUCCUUUUAUUUUCGUUAGUCACACGAAUUUCACGCCAAAAUGAGCCAACAGCAGUACUACCCAUUCAAGUGUACUCCCACCGUGUACCCCGCCGAGCCCUUCGACCCCGUCGAGGAUACCGCCACCCUCAAGAAGGCCAUGAAGGGGUUCGGAGCCGACGAGAAGGUCAUCAUCGACGUGCUAGCGCGCAGAGGAAUCGUCCAACGACUUGAAAUUGCCGAGACUUUCAAGACUUCCUACGGAAAAGACUUAAUCUCCGAGCUGAAGAAGGAACUUGGAGGGAAAUUCGAAGAUGUGAUCGUUGCUCUUAUGACACCAUUACCUCAGUUCUACGCCAAAGAACUCCACGACGCCGUCUGCGGAAUGGGCACCGACGAAGAAGCCAUCAUCGAAAUUUUGUGCACUCUGUCCAACUAUGGCAUUAGGACGAUAGCCCAGUUUUAUGAGAACAUGUACGGAAAAGCCCUCGAGUCCGACCUAAAAGGCGACACUUCGGGCCACUUCAAGCGGCUACUAGUCUCCUUAUGCCAAGCGAACCGCGACGAGAACCAAGGCGUCAACGAAGCCCAAGCCACCGCGGACGCUGAAGCCUUAAUCUCCGCCGGCGAGGGCAAAUGGGGCACCGAAGAGUCCCAGUUCAACUCCGUUCUCAUCACGCGGAGCUACCAACAACUCAGGGCCACCUUCGCCGAAUACGAAAGACUGGCAGGCCACGAUAUCGAAUCCGCCAUCAAGAAGGAGUUCUCAGGGAACAUCCAGAAGGGCCUCCUGGGAAUCGUCAAGUGCGUGAAGAGCAAAGUUGGGUACUUUGCGGAACGCCUCCACGACAGCAUGGCCGGAUUGGGAACUAAUGAUAAGACUUUGAUUCGGAUUAUUGUCUCCCGGUCGGAGAUCGAUCUAGCUGAUAUUAAACAGGCCUUUUUGGAUAAGUACGGGAAGGCUUUGGAGAGUUGGAUUUCUGGUGACACCUCCGGAGAUUACAAGAGAGUCCUCCUGGCCGUGGUUGACUAAUUCACCUAUACCUCUCUGUAAACGCACCAUAAUUAUAUAUAGCUUCAUCAUACUGCCAUUCACUUACAAUAUCGUCCCAAUAAUUGGCACUCAACGUGUUGUUUUCUGUAUUGCAGGAAGAUCUUGGCGGAGAUUUGCAGUACUUGUUGGUAACAUUAACAGCUGGUUAAGUCACUAGCUCAGGAUACACAACUCGAUAUUCAAUUAAAGCUUAUUAUAUUCUAGACCUUAGUUUAGUGGCCUUAAAACUCAGAGCUUUAUAUUUGUAAUGUUAUAAUGGAGUAUUUAUGAUGUUACUAAUUAUUUUACUGAGGGUUUUAAUGUUAAGGAGGGUGAGGGCAUUUUCUUUUUUUAUAUGUAUAUGAAGUUUCGAGAUUAAAAUUUUUGUAACGUUUAUAAAUGUGCUUAAGUGGUGCUUAAAUUAAAACUAUAUUUAAAAUACUGUUAA